AUGGAUCCCAAAAACUCAACACAGCAAACGUCCAACAACAACAUGGGAGAUGAUAUCAACAAACAACAAUCUUCAGAAUCAAAGAAUCUCCGGACUGUGUUAUCUGAAACAAAACAAGAUGAAACAAAGAAACAGCUUGCACCAAAAAGAACAUCAAACAAAGACAGACACACAAAAGUUGAAGGAAGAGGAAGAAGGAUAAGGAUGCCGGCUUUAUGCGCUGCAAGAAUCUUUCAACUAACGAAAGAGUUGGGUCAUAAAUCAGAUGGUGAAACAAUUCAAUGGCUUCUACAACAAUCCGAACAGUCGAUCAUAGCUGCAACCGGAACAGGAACAAUACCGGCUUCAGCUUUGGCUUCUUCUGGUAACACUUUGACAUCACAAGGUUCAUCUUUGUCUUCUGGUUUACAAUUGCAUCAGAAACUUGAUGAAAGAACCAGUUGGGCCCAUCAGGCCCAUCAGGUUAGUUCAUCAAGUUUAUGGCCCCAUGGAUUUGGAUUUCAUCAAUCAUCAUCUGGUUUAACUAGUACAGCUAGUGAAAAUAGUUCAAAUUAUUUUCAGAAAAUUGGGUUUUCUGGAUUUGAUAUGCCAGGGACUAAUUUGGGAGGAAUGAGUUUUACAUCAAUUUUGGGUGGAAAUCCACAGAUGCCACCUGGUUUGGAAUUAGGUUUGUCACAAGAUGGACAUAUUGGUGUGUUGAAUCAACAGGCUUUGAGUCAGAUUUAUCAGCAGUUUGGUCAAAAUCAUCAAACUAGGGUUCAUCAACAUAAUCAGAACCAGAAUCAGAAUACUACUAAGGAUGAUUCUCAAAGUUCAGAACAGUAG